UGAUCGACUUGGCCCUUUCUCUCCUUGCUCGUUCGCGUAGUGUGGCGCAGUCUCUCAAAUCCGACGAGGAGAUAGGAAGGCCAUAUGCAUGUGCUCAGCUUGCAUGUGAACGAAGCGAUUCAAUCUGCCGACCAUUGUCUCACGACCACCAUGUCCUCCGCGCAUCUACAAGAAACUGUACAACUACCUGAGUAGCGCGCUGCCUGCAUCCGAAGCCACCCGAGAGCCUCAGACACCAAGCAAGAGAGCGACUGCAGCUUCUGCAUCAGCUCGAAACACACCCAAGACACCGCUCACUGGGAGAAGAACACCACGAAGCACAAAGAAGGCUGCUGCGGCCGAUAUCCCAGCAUGGGUUAUGCCAGCCAUCCGGAAACUCGUCAAGGCCUUCGAGUUUCCCAAUGCUGCACCGCAUGUAUUCACUGGCCUUGAGUCAACCAUGCCUCUAUUAGCACGCAUGUCCAUACCCGCGGCCGAAACACCAAGCAAGCGAUCGAGCCGUACAGGUGCAACUUCAGCACCUUCGGCAGAUCUACCAGAAGCUCGCAUCAAAGGUCUCAUAGCAGUAGUAUUUCUCUACAUCUUCACAAGGAUGAAGAACGUCGAGGUCGUGCCCUGAGGAGUACCAAGUGUGGCGACAGACUGCACUUGAGACCUUGCUUGGAGUACCCCGGAGCCGAGGAGGUUACAUAUGACGAUUUGUCUCUCGAGGCAGAAGAACUCAUGCCGAUGGCCAAGGCUGAGGGGUGGCUGAACAUGGAGUGGUUCGUGAACGUUAUGCCACUGGACGACGACGAGGAUGCGAUGGACGGCGUUGAGAUGACCGAAGCAUCAGAUAAGCGUGCAAUGACGAAAGCAGGUGGAAGCGACUACAUCGGCCUCGGAACCAUGAUGCAAGACGCAACUGAUUAUUUGGGCGACCGCCGGAGAGAGGAUUUCAAGAUAUGGAAGGCAAAGGUCAUGGCGCGCGUGCAGGAGAUUGAGGCAACUUAAGAGUGUGCAACACAGUCUUCGAUUCAUA